CUGCAGCCGCGGCUGCUACUGCUACACGCAACCAACCCCCUCACACACACAGUCACCGCAACGCAAGGAGAAAAAAGCAGCGAAGCGGAGGAAGAGAGAAAGAAAGCGACGCUGCUUUUUCUUCUUUCUUUCUUCCAACCACUCCGGGAUCGGGGAGCGAAUCAAAUAUCAUUCGCCGAGGCGAGUAAAAACCCCAAUCUCUCGCUUUUACUCUCCUCCUCCUCCUCCUCUUCUUCCUCUCCCCACCUCGGCUGCGGCGGCGGAGGCGGAGGCGAAACCCUAGGAGGAGCUAGCCGCAUUUGCUCCUCGGGGGUGGUGUUCUGGGCGUCUCUUCGAUGGUGCUGGAGGAGAGAGAGGCCAACGGUCUCACAAUGCAGGGGCAGCAUCUAAACAGCCAGACUGUGGAUCUUGCCCGCAAUCUUCGGGAAAACCAGCUAGGAGGAGUGAUAUUUGGUUGCAAGCACAAUACAAUCGAGGAAUGCUUCGAAAAACAGCUAUUUGGUCUGCCUUCAGUCCACUAUUCAUAUGUGAGAAAUGUGAAACCUGGACUACCUUUAUUCCUAUUCAAUUAUAGUGACAGAAAGCUUCAUGGCAUUUUCGAGGCUGCAAGUCCUGGGCAGAUGUGUAUUGAUCCAUAUGCGUGGAGUCAUGAUGGUUCUUUGAGGACUUCUUUUCCUGCACAGGUUCGUAUCUGCACGAAGACUCGUUAUCCACCAUUGAUGGAGAGCCAAUUCAGAACAGUGCUUGGUGACAACUAUUAUAACCACCACCACUUCUAUUUUGAGCUAGACCAUGCCCAAACAAAAGCUUUGAUUGCUGUGUUCAAAUCACUUGCUCCUGCCAAUUUCACGCAAGUUCCAGCGGUUUCGAGCAAAAGGACUAUUGCACCUUUACCAUCAACUAAAAGGCAGGCACCUGUUAUCCCUGACCAAAAGAAAGGGUCAGCCAGUCCAAAGGACAUCAAUCCGUUUAGUGUUCUGUCACAAUCAGGUGGUGCUGUUAAAGAUAACUGGGCUGAUUCUGAUGUGGAGAAUGGCAGUAUUAGCAGAAGUUCAGAUGAGAAGGAAUCUAGGGAGCUAGUUUCUGAUUGGGAGGAUUUGGAUGACAAUGUUCUUCACGGCCAACUUGGUCUUUGUUCAAAUCCAGAUGAGAUCAGUCAAAACUCCUCAUACAACAGUGUUGCUAAGGGAGCGGAGUUUGUGGAAUGCAGUCAUUUGGUUGUCAAUCCUGUGAAUGGAGGAAUCCAAAGUUCUGAUGGAGACAUGCUUGUGAUCUCAGAUGAUGUGCAUUCAGGUGCUGUGGGUGUUGAUGGGAUAGAGAGUGGGGGUCAGAAUGAACCAGAUGAUGUCUCGAUACAGCCUGAAAGACUGUCCAUCCUGCAAAAACUUAAGGAGUUGUUUGUUCUACGACAACAGGCAGUGCUAUCUGAUCAAAAUCUUGCAUAUUCUAAUUCAGAUGAAUAUGCACCUGAAGAAACACAGGCCAAUGUGAGCCUUUCUUGUCCAGAGCAAUGUGCACCUGAAGAACCACAGGCCAAUACAACCCCUUCUUGUCCAGAGCUACAUGUACUUGAAGAAACACAGGCCAAUGUGAGCCUUCUUUGUCCAGAGCAAUAUGUACCUGAAGAACCACAGGCCAAUGCAAGCCUUUCUUGUCCAGAGCAACAUGUACCUGAAGAACCACAGGCCAAUGCAAGCCUUUCUUGUCCAGAGCAACAUGUGCUUGAAGAAACACAGCCCAAUGUGAGCCUUCCUUGUCCAGGGCAAUAUGUACCUGAAGAACCACAGGCCAAUGCAAGCCUUUCUUGUCCAGAGCAACAUGUACCUGAAGAAAUACAAGCCAAUGCAAGCCUUCCUUGUCCAGAUCAGCAUGUACCUGAAGAACCACAGGAUGAUGCAAGUUUUUCUUGUCCAGAGCAACAUGUACCUGAAGAAACACAGACCAAUGCAAGCCUUCCUUGUCCAGAUCAGCAUGUACCUGAAGAAACACAGGAUGAUGCAAGCUUUUCUUGUCCAGAGCAACAUGUACCUGAAGAAACACAGGCCAAUGCAAGCCUUCCUUGUCCUGGCCAGCAUGUACCUGACAAUGCAAGCCUUCCUUGUCCAGAGCAACAUGUGCCUGAAGAAACACAGAUCAAUGCAGGUCUUUCUUGUCCAGAUCAGCAUCUUCCCGAAGAAACAAAGUUCAAUGUCAGUCUUGCCUAUCCAGAUCAGCAUGUACCAGAGGAAACACAGGUCACUGCAGGCAUUUCUUGCCCAGAUCAGCAUGUUCCUGAAGAAACACAGGUCAAUGCAAGCCUUCCCUCUCCAAAUCAGCAUGUACCAGAAGAAACAAAGGCCACCGCAGCCAUUUCUUGUCCAGAUCAACAUGUAACACAGGCCAAUGCAAGCCUUUCUCAACACGAGUUCGGUGCUAAGGUGGAAGAUAAUACAUCUCUUGAGCAAAAUCAAGGAAAUGCUGAGCUGAUAAAAAUCGUCCUUGACUUAAUCAAGAAGACUGAUUCAUUGGAUAUGAGACAGAACAAGUCCCAUGAAGAAAUACUUUCUCUGAAGGAAGUAGUUAAAGACUCGGGAACAAAAGUAAAGCAACUGGAAUACCGUAUAGAUGAGUUACAAUUCAAACUUGACUCUUCACUGUCUCUUGUCGGAGAUGCAUGUGAUACUCUGGACAAGCCAUCGAUAUUCCUGAUAGGUGGUUAUAAUGGUGUGUCCUGGUUGUCAUCUCUUGAUGCUUUUUCACCUGAGAAAGACAUACUGGUGCCUCUCGCACCAUUGAGUUCUGCUCGUUCAUAUGCAUCUGUUGCUACAUUGGAGGGUUGCAUAUUCGUCUGUGGUGGUGGGGUUGGCGAUUCAUUUGGUAACACAGUGGAAUGCUAUAAUACAAUGUGUAACGAGUGGAUGGCGUGCCCCUGUUUGAACAAUAAAAAGGGAAGUCUCGCUGCAGUAAGUCUGGAUGGAAAAAUAUAUGCUAUUGGUGGAGGAGAUGGAAUUGUAACUUAUUCAGAUGUUGAGAUGUUUGAUCCUUUUCUUGGGAAGUGGAUAUGCAGCCCGUCUAUGAUGAACUCUCGAUUUGCUCUUGGUGCGGCAGAAAUGAACAGUGUCAUCUAUGCUACUGGUGGAUUUGAUGGUUUCAGCUACUUACAAUCAGCAGAAAGGUAUGACCCAAGGGAGGGUUUCUGGGCCCGGCUUCCAAGUAUGAAUGUAAGGAGAGGAUGCCACACUGUAGCUGCCCUUGGAGGAGUCCUGUAUGCCAUUGGAGGGUAUAAUGGGGAUAGAAUGGUGUCUAGCGUAGAGAUCUUUGACCCACGUCGCAACUCCUGGAGGGUGGGUGAUCCCAUGAACUUUCCAAGAGGAUACGCCUCUACAGUUACCCUGGGUGACAAUGUGUUUGUCAUUGGCGGUCUACAGUCGAGUGAAAAGUUUAUGGAUUCUGUGGAAGUUUACAAUGUGAAAUGCGGCUGGUCAGUUCCUGGUUUCAGCUCGAUUGGGGUGAGGUGCUUCGCGUCUGCUGCUGUCGUUUAAGCGUGUUAGAAGUACAGUGCUUGUCCCAUCUCAUCAGUUCUAACAAUUUUGUGCCAUGCAAGGAAACAAACCCUAAUCGUGUUUUCCGACAUUUUGAGGGUAAAAAUUGCCCUUCUGCUGUGAUUCCAGUUUCGUGUACAGCGAAAGUCAGCAUAGUAUGGAGCUCUAGGUAGUCAGUCACUUGUCCAAAGUUUAGAUCCUCCUUUAUAUACCUGAAUAUUCACCUACUGUUGAGAAACACCCUGUUUUAUCAGGUACCAUGUAAAUCUCUUGGAAUGCAUUCCGGCUAAAAAUUCUGAACUUAUUAAUCCGUUGCUCGCUCA